AUGCACGACCGGCGUUGCAUAGACUUCCAAAACUGCCGCCAUAUGGGCAUCAGCUCCGAAACCGCCACCGCUGGAGAGCAGCGAAAGGUCGUACGCGGGGAGUCGUCGUCGCCGCGGCCGCUCGGAGUCCUCCUUCCCCUCCUCUUCGCCAUAGCUUGCGUGACCUGCUUUCCAUAUCCCUCACGCGCCACGAUGACAGCAUCUCCAGUUCAAUCAUCGCCACAACGGCAACAACGGCAACUUCUAACCGCCAACGACUGUGGCGCGCUGGUCGAAAAGUACGGCAUUCUGCCAGGCUUCAGUUGGGGCACCGCGGGAAAAGAUGAUCGAAGGGUGUACGACACGUCGGGUUGCGAUGCUCGGAUUUGCGAGUACUGGAGGGCCAAGUACGGUGUCAUACCGCACGCAUCCUGGGGUCGGCUCCCAGACCCUCUGAAGGCUUCCUGGGAAUGGCGGCGCCCCUCACCCGCCUUCGGGGAGGGGGCCAACAAAAGCUGCAACGGCCUAUCCUUGGGUAGGGCAGGGUGGGCCUCCGACCUCAAGGAGCUUGUCCGCAGGUUCGCCCCCGUCCUCCGGUUCUACAGCGGGGCCCAGGGGUACCCCAUCACCGCACAGACAUAUUUUGAAGCAGGGUGCCAUAAAAAGGAAUGCUCAAUGGCCAGCUGGCUAAAUAAGGCGCGAGAUCCAAACGCGCACGUUUACUUUGGCGUCAACAUUUGCGGAGACUCCCAAAUCCGAAUCAGGUACCACUUUUUCUACGCAUGGCAGCCCCCCUGCGCCACCAGCCCCAUCCCCGAGCUGCCGUACAGUGUCGGUGAUCACCAAGCGGACUGGGAGACGGUUACCGUGGUAUUGUCGGAGGACAGGUUGCGAAUCGCUGCCGUGUCGUACAGCCAACACGGCGGCUGGUACACUCGUGUCGGGGGUCGGCAUGGAUUCGAGGGGUCGUGGUUGGGGUUAGGGACGGUGUCGGACGGCCGGCCGGUGGUGUAUGUGGGUCAGACAGCUCAUGGGAGCUACCACGACUCCCUCACCAAGCAGGUGAUGGACCUGCAAUCGUGCGCCUAUUUCGGAGAUCUGCGCGGCGGAGGACUCAGCUGGAAUACGGGCAGCGCACCGCUAGUGGAGCUGACGGCCGACUCAAACGAGACAUGGAUUGCCGCCACAGUGGCUUCGCCCCAUCAGGCUAUUUGGUGGAAUGCGGGCACUGGCGUCAGCCUCAGCGUAUCCAAGUUCGCACCGACCUGCGACAUGGAAGCCUGCACGGGUGUCGGCUUUGACCUGAGCAGCUUCGCCGGAGUCGGCUUCAAGGAUGCCGGCUGUUCCCAGUCGCAGUGCAAGCCGGGUUGGCGGGAGUCGGGGCUGGCCGGUUGCUUCCGCUGCCCCCAGGACUACAUGGAGUGUCUGGGCACCUGCGCGCGCGGCAGCCGGUGGUAUCAGUGCAUCAACCCGUUCAACUGGGAUCGUCAGGGCUAUAUGCAGGAGGGCUACGAUUACGUUUUACCCUCUGGCGAUAUGGGGCUGCUGCUGUGA